AUGGCGGAGCAUCGUGAAAGGCUGCUGAAGUUAACCCAGGACAAGAAAAUCAAUAAGAGACUGGUGAGGCCGCAACAGGCCACGCGGAUGGGCCCGCCUCCUGAUUCGGGCAGGGAAGGAUCCAGUGGGUCCUCGGGUUCCCCUGACGCUGAGCGCCAAUCCGCGCUGGUCAGCAAGAAGCGGAGUCGACCAGACGAUGGGGUCGAAGUGACUGGCGGAGGUGCGGCUGCUCGGGCUUUCGGCCUACCACCUUGCUUCGUGGAGAAAGACUUCUUCGAGGGGUUUCCCUUUACCGUGUCCGACAAUGAGGCCGACAUCAUCAAGCGGCUUGACAAGGAAGGUUGGAGGAAGCACCUUACUGCCAGUAUGGUUGGCGUGGUAAAGAUGGCCGAGAUGGCGGUGGUCCUCGCGAGGGAAGGAUCAGACUCUGCGGAUCGGGUCAGAGAACUGGAGUCAAAAAAGGCGGCUCUUGCGGCCAAGUCUCGCAAGUUGAAGGCAGCCCUCGAACGCUCCGAGGAAAUGUUCCGCGAACAGUCUGAUUUGUUAUCGGGGGAGAAGGAAAGGGCUGACAGGGCUCUCAAGGAAAGAGAUUGCCUUCAGCUUGAUAGGGAACGGCUGGAGAGCGAAAACCAGGGGUUAUCGAGAGAGAUCGAGGACCUGAAAGCCGCUAUGCUGCCCGCCGAGGAUGAGCCGGAGGGGAUGGCUGACUUGCGUACACGCAUACUUUAUUGCUCGCAUUCAUCUCCUAGAGUCGGACUACGUUGGCGCUUUGGCCGAUGGGUUUGA